AAGUGGUUUACCGCAGAUAAGAUUCUUGAGUGGUUCAGGUAGGUCAGGCAGAAGAUGUCUGCUUCAAGGCCUACUCAGUGCUCCAGUUCAUCCAGCAGGACCCGCCAAAGCUCCCGAGCGAGAAUAUUAGCACAAACAACCCUUGAUGCUGAACUCAAUGCUGAAUACGAAGAAUCUGGUGACUCCUUUGACUACUCCAAGUUGGUUGAAGCACAGAGGACCACUGGACCUGAGCAGCAAGCUCGUUCUGAGAAGGUCAUAGCCUACUUGCAUCACAUUCAAAGAGCAAAGCUAAUCCAACCAUUUGGUUGCUUGUUGGCCCUCGAUGAAAAGAGCUUCAAUGUCAUAGCAUUCAGUGAAAACGCAGCAGAAAUGCUUACAACUGUCAGUCAUGCAGUGCCAAGUGUUGAUGAUCCACCAAAGCUACGCAUCGGCACCAACGUACGGUCUCUUUUCACUGACCCAGGUGCCACAGCAUUGCAGAAGGCACUGGGAUUUGCAGAUGUAUCCUUGCUGAACCCUAUUCUAGUUCAAUGCAAGACCUCAGGCAAGCCUUUCUAUGCCAUUGUUCAUCGGGCAACUGGUUGUUUGGUGGUAGAUUUUGAGCCUGUGAAACCUACAGAAUUUCCAGCAACUGCUGCUGGGGCUUUGCAGUCUUACAAACUUGCUGCCAAGGCAAUCUCUAAGAUCCAGUCACUGCCAGGUGGAAGCAUGGAGGUGCUAUGCAAUACGGUGGUCAAGGAACUCUUUGACCUCACGGGGUAUGAUAGAGUUAUGGCUUACAAGUUCCAUGAAGAUGACCACGGCGAAGUCUUUGCUGAGGUCACAAAGCCUGGUCUUGAACCUUAUCUUGGCCUGCAUUAUCCAGCUACUGAUAUCCCUCAAGCAGCCAGGUUUCUUUUCAUGAAGAACAAAGUCCGGAUGAUUUGUGACUGUCGUGCAAGAUCUGUCAAGAUUAUCGAAGAUGAGACACUCCACUUGGAUAUUAGCUUGUGUGGUUCAACACUGAGGGCACCACACAGUUGUCACCUUCAGUAUAUGGAGAACAUGAACUCGAUUGCAUCCCUUGUCAUGGCUGUUGUGGUUAAUGAGAAUGAGGAUGAUGACGAAGUUGGGGCUGAACAACCUGCACAACAGCAGAAGAGGAAGAAACUAUGGGGACUCCUUGUUUGCCACCAUGAGAGCCCAAGAUAUGUUCCUUUUCCAUUGCGGUAUGCCUGCGAGUUCUUAGCACAAGUGUUUGCUGUCCAUGUUAACAAGGAGUUUGAAUUAGAGAGGCAAGUACGCGAGAAGAGCAUACUGAGGAUGCAAACAAUUCUCUCUGACAUGCUUCUCAGGGAAUCCUCUCCCCUGAGUAUAGUAUCAGGGACUCCCAACAUUAUGGACCUUGUCAAAUGUGACGGUGCUGCCCUUUUGUAUGGGGAAAAGGUAUGGCGGCUACAGAAUGCUCCAACUGAGUCUCAGAUACGUGAUAUUGCCUCCUGGCUGUCAGAUGUCCAUAGGGAUUCCACUGGCCUGAGUACUGAUAGCCUACAUGAUGCUGGUUAUCCGGGAGCUGCUGCUCUUGGUGAUAUGAUUUGUGGAAUGGCUGUAGCUAAAAUAAAUUCCAAGGAUAUUCUGUUCUGGUUCAGGUCACAUACAGCUGCUGAAAUCAGAUGGGGAGGUGCAAAACAUGAUCCAUCAGACAAGGAUGACAGCAGAAGGAUGCACCCUAGGCUGUCCUUCAAGGCAUUCCUUGAGGUUGUCAAGAUGAAGAGCUUGCCUUGGAAUGACUAUGAAAUGGAUGCUAUUCACUCAUUACAACUUAUACUUAGAGGGACGCUGAAUGAUGGCAUCAAGUCAACAAGGGCCGCUAGUUUAGAUAAUCAGAUUGGUGAUCUCAAACUUGAUGGGCUUGCUGAAUUGCAGGCAGUGACAAGUGAAAUGGUACGUCUCAUGGAAACAGCAACUGUCCCAAUCUUGGCUGUAGAUAGCAAUGGAUUGGUCAAUGGAUGGAAUCAGAAGGUCGCCGAGUUGACAGGGCUGAGAGUAGAUGAGGCCAUUGGAAGACACAUACUUACUCUUGUAGAAGAAUCUUCUGUACCAGUUGUCCAGAGGAUGCUGUAUUUAGCUUUGCAAAGCAAAGAAGAGAAGGAAGUGAAAUUUGAGGUGAAAACUCAUGGCUCCAAGAGAGAUGAUGGCCCUGUUAUCUUGGUUGUGAAUGCUUGUGCCAGCCGGGACCUUCAUGACCAUGUUGUUGGUGUGUGCUUUGUUGCACAAGAUAUGACUGUUCAUAAGUUGGUCAUGGACAAAUUUACUCGGGUUGAGGGAGACUACAAGGCAAUUAUUCACAAUCCAAGCCCACUCAUUCCUCCCAUAUUUGGUGCUGACGAAUUUGGAUGGUGCUCUGAGUGGAAUGCUGCCAUGACCAAAUUGACUGGGUGGCAUAGAGAUGAGGUGAUCAAUAAGAUGCUUCUUGGUGAGGUGUUCGAUAGUAGCAAUGCCUCCUGUCUUGUGAAGAGUAAAGAUGCAUUCGUAAGUCUCUGCAUUCUAAUAAACAGUGCAUUAGCUGGUGAUGAAACAGAAAAGGCUCCAUUCAGCUUCUUCGACCGGAAUGGGAAGUAUAUCGAGUGCCUUCUAUCUGUUAACAGAAAAGUAAAUGCAGAUGGUAUCAUCACUGGAGUAUUUUGUUUCAUUCAAGUUCCUAGUCAUGAGCUGCAACAUGCACUACAUGUGCAGCAAGCCUCACAGCAGACUGCACUAACAAAGUUGAAGGCUUAUUCCUACAUGAGACAUGCAAUCAACAACCCUCUCUCAGGUAUGCUCUACUCUAGGAAAGCACUGAAGAACACAGGUCUAAAUGAAGAGCAGAUGAAGGAGGUCAAUGUGGCAGAUAGUUGUCAUCGCCAGCUGAAUAAGAUACUUUCUGACUUGGAUCAGGAUAACAUCACGAACAAGUCUAGUUGCUUGGAUUUGGAGAUGGUUGAGUUUGUGUUGCAAGAUGUGUUUGUGGCUGCUGUAAGUCAAGUACUGAUAACCUGCCAGGGAAAAGGGAUCAGAGUCUCUUGCAACCUACCAGAGAGAUACAUGAAGCAAACAGUAUAUGGGGAUGGGAUUCGACUGCAGCAAAUCCUGUCUGAUUUCCUAUUCGUCUCAGUGAAGUUCUCCCCUGUUGGCGGUUCUGUUGAGGUCUCUUGCAGCCUGACCAAGAACAGCAUUGGGGAAAACCUUCAUCUCAUAGACCUAGAACUUAGGAUCAAGCACCAGGGCAAAGGAGUCCCAGCAGAUUUGCUGUCACAAAUGUACGAGGAUGAUGAUAAGGACCAGUCGGAUGAAGGCUUGAGCCUCGCCGUUUCUAGAAACCUGCUGAGGCUUAUGAAUGGCGAUGUCCGUCAUAUGAGGGAAGCUGGCAUGUCAACCUUCAUCCUCACCGUCGAACUUGCUUCAGCUCCAGCAAAAUAAUCACGAAAUGGGCCCCUUCAGUUCGUUCAUAUAGCCAACUUGAGUAGGAUUGGACGUACUUGCAGACUGAGGAUUCACUUGGCUGCAGAAUGCAGGCACACG